AUGACGCCCCCGCGCCCGUUGAUGUUACUAGUGCCCGCUCAAGAGCUUCAUUUCAAUCUCAGCGGUGCCGACAUGCCGACGUGGCACUUCGACGGGCAAGGGGGCGUUUGGACGAGCAAAGAGAAGGAAUGUCCCUACUGCUUCAGGGAGUUUAAGACCGUCAAAGCCCUUAAGCAGCAUUUUGAAGGGAACACAACCAAUAAACCAAGAAACAACAGCACCACCACCACAUCCCCUACCACAACCAGCACCACCAGCACCACAUCCCCUACCACAACCAGCACCACCAGCACCACAACCACUAGCAACACAACCAACACUAUAUUUCACCCCACUAGCAACACAACCAAUAGCAACACAAACAACAGCACCAGCACCACAAACAAUAGCACCACUAUAUUUCACCCCACCAGCAACACAACCCCCAGCAACACAACUCCCAGCACCACAAACAAUAGCACCAGCACCACCAAAACGACCAGCACCACAACCAACAGCACUACAAACAAUAGCACCAAAACGACCAGCAACACAACCAAUAGCAACACAAACAACAGCACCAGCACAACCCCCAGCAACACAACUCCCAGCACCACAAACAAUAGCACCAGCACCACCAAAACGACCAGCACCACAACCAACAGCACUACAAACAAUAGCACCAAAACGACCAGCAACACAACCAAUAGCAACACAACCAACAGCACCACCACCAACAGCACCACCUUCCACGCACUCUUUGCCCUUAAUCGCCACUUCCUCGGCUGUUUAAAAGAGGCUAAGGUGCACCACUGCGAGUGGUGCCUUCUCAGCAAAAAAACAACACGCUUCUCACAGCAUUGA